ACGCAUACGUGGCGGGGAGAUCUACUUCGGGCGGUUCGGGAGCGUGGGCCUGUCUCUUUCUCUUUUUAAAAUAACGCGCCUUUCUCGUUCGUACAUAGGCGGGCAGAUGGUUCCCAUUCUAGUAGACUGGGAGCCACACAUACAUUGUCUUUGUUGCUUGGAAUUUGGACAGUGUCGCUUAUUUAUCGGCGGAAUUCGGAUCGAAUUGGGAAAUUCAGAGCAAGAUUUGGAGUGUACUGAAGCUGUAGUGUAAUUUCAUGCUGCUGAGUUUUACGCUAUUUAUUCGUGGGCGUCUUGAGUUCAUCUAGUGAUUUUUCGUGAAGUUGUACAGCGAAUUAGAGUUUGUAUAGAGGCGAUCCCGCAGUUGCUGACUGUAGUGAGAUCGACGGGGAUAGUACUUGAACGGUAGAGCUUCAUACGGCGUGUCAAAGAGGACGGUUGUUAGGACAAAAUGGCGAGUCGAAUUAAAGAGGGGAUUAAGGAGUUAUUUUCUAAUAAGGAUGAUGACGACUACCGCAGCUCUUACCAGCAACAGCGAAUUCUCUCCAGCCAAUAUGGACACAACACCGCCGUCCCAGUUUUGGAGUUGAAAGUUCCCAUGUGUUGCGAUAAAUGCCAGGAGAAAGUUAUGGAGGCGCUAGAGGAGUGCGAUGGAGUGAAGGACGUGAUUUGUGACCAGUACAACCAGCGAGUAACUGUUACAGGCUUCGUUGAUCCCAUGAAGGCGCUUCGCAAGGUCAAAAAAGUGAAGAAGAAAUCGGAGUUUUUUAACGACGGCACCUAUAUCAAGAGGACCAGCCAUCCAAUUGAUAAUGGCGCUCAAAAUUUUCACAGCCGUUCCGUGCAUCUUCCCGUAAACGGCAAUGUUAAGUCACGCUACACAUCUAACCCGUUGAUCCGAACGCACUCAAAUGGAUUCGGUCGGUUCCCACACGAAGGGAAGAUGGCGGCCAUGGCACACAUCGUGCACGCGCCGCCGCCCGCGACUUACCAAGCUCGCCCGCUCGUGCGUUCGAACUCCUACGGCAGGAGAGUGAUGAGCCGCCAACCAGCGUACCACGACAGGAGAGAGAUGAGCCGCCACUCAACUUUCGGCGACAGUAGAGACAGCGCACUCGUGCCCGUGAACUUUCAGCGGGACUUCCAGAGUAUUCGUCGCAUGCCCUCGUUUAAGCAUUACCAUAACCACGAUGCGGAGUACAUUUCCAUGGGCGACGAAUUUCGCCCCGCCAUGGCAGAGACUCACUACGCCCCCCUCCGCAGUCAGCGUCCCGGGAUUCUUCGGCCGCAAGUUUCCUUCAGUAGGCUGCCAGUGACGAACCCUCACUACAUGAAGCACAUUGAAUCAGAGUACUAUUAGGUGACCGUUAAUUACAUACGACGAGUAAUUUUUAUUCUCAAAGUAGGCACAAGAUCGGCGUGUACAUUACUCAUACAAUUACAGUGGUUUUAACUGCAGACUGCAUGGUACAAGAUGGUAGGUACUGUGAAAUGUAACAAGGUUCACAAUCAAUAGUAAAUUCUAUUUUUGAUAACAACAUGAAUUCCAA